GUGACAGCAUUGCCUCAAGCCAUGUCUCUACCAGUUUACUUACAAAAUCAGACAGAAAACAAACUGUGACUUUCAACUUCUCAGGCCCAGUAGCCCUCACUCUGCCUAAGUUGGGGGCCAAAGUUAUGAAGGGGUAUGACGGCUCUUCUCAACUGGGAAAGCUAGUAGUAGUAGCCCCAGCAAAUGUUAUGGGCCUAUGCUCUUCUGCAUCUGCAGUAACCCACCCAUCUGUUGGCAACACAAUGAAACAGGACUCUAUAGGUUUGACAUUGUCAGAUUCCACAGCUCGCUCUGCUGUAAAUGCCAAACAGGCUUUGAUUGCCAACCCAAAUGUCUCCAUUGGCACAGCCACUAUUGCUAAUUCUGGAAUUGCUACCAGUGUUUCUAGCACUGGAAACAAUAGCUUAUACUAUGCCACCAUGAGCCCAUACCCACUUGGGUUGAUGGGACCUGUGACCCAUAUGCAUGGUGGAAGCUUUGGGAAUAGUAUAUCCAACACAUGAUCCACUCCUUCCCCAACAUCGAGAAUGCCCAAACGUAAAAGGGGGGGAAAAAGGGCAUCCAGCCUGCCUUCUGCUGCUCCUCGUAUGAUCAGGAUCCAUCUAACUCGAGUAUAGCAACUGUGGUGGGACAACACACAGAUUUGUCUGCAUUUGCUUAUGGGGCCCCCUUAAAUCUGAGCAUCUGGAGUCUAACUAUGAUGCAAAACACAAGUACCAUGAGAGGAAAUAACAAUCCUGUUCCUAUCAAUAAUUCUGGAAUUACUACCAGUAUUUCUAACACUGGAGACAAUAAGUUACACUAUGCCACCAUGAGCCCAGGCCCACUUGGGGUGAUGGGACAUGUGACCCAUAUGCAUGGUGGGAGCUUUGGGGAUAGUAUAUCCAACAAAUGCCCCACUCCUUCUCUGACAUCAAGAAUGCCCAACCGUAGAGGAGGAAAAAGAAUGGCAUCCAGCCCGCCUUCUGCUGCUCCUCAUAUCGAUCAGAAUCCAUCUAACUUGAGUACAACAACUGUGGUGGGACAGCACAGAUAUGUCUGCAUUUGAAUACACUUAUGGAUCCACCGUAAACCCGUAAAUCCAAGCACCUUGAGGCGACCUAUGAUGCAAAACACAACAAGACAGGAAAUGACAACUCCAUUCCUGUAGCUGGAAAAAACAUCACCACAGACAACAUAUAUGACAAGAGACAUGUCUGCUUCUACUUAUGAUUGGUACACAUGGAAUUCAAUUUACCAAAAUAUGAGUGGCACAACAGGAAAUAACAGCACUGUUCCCAUGGUUGGAGACCCCCAGUGAUCCCAAUUUCCAUAAGAACAUCUUGGGCCCUGCUGGACAAAGAAUAUCUCCUACACCUGGAGCAACUCUUACCGCAAGAAGACAUACGGGACAAGAGGCAAAUCUGCUUUCAGCUCCAAUUAUUACAACGGGGGCUCACGUAGCCAUACUGCACCCACUGUGGUCUCAAAUACCAGCCCCACUCCAAAGAGUAAACACGCUGCGACUUGCACAUAAUGUCCCCCACACAUGGAAGCCAUCUUUCCAAUACUCUGUUGGGGACAACAGUACUCCCACAAUUGCAGGACCUGGUGUUGCUAAUUUCCAUUAGUGGGAACCACCUGGACCAAACACAGCUAGUAAAACUGGAGGAAAUAACAUCUCAGCUGUCGUGGGUGGCCCCUUAUGUCACUGCCUAUCCUCAGAAUACUGGGUACCCACCUACCCAGGCCACAGGUAAUACUAUGGGGGAUAGCUCCACAUCUGCUGCGACUGGAUAUGCUUAUGGUUCACCAUUUGUACAAAGCACAUGGGACCCUGCAGGUCAAGGGACAAGUGGUGGGACAGGGUGGAGUGGCAGGGAUUUUAGGAAAAUUCCCCUCAAAACACUUGGACCACUUGUGACUAUGGAGAGGCCACCAGUGUUUGGAGGUAGCUGCUCAGAGCAACUCUGUGGGUUUUCUGAAUGUAACCAAUGGCAUCCUUGCCUGUGACUCACUCCCUUAACCUCCUGUAACUUUGUAGAAACUACCCAACAAUUAUCUAAGGAAUCGCAACAAGUAAGGAGUAAAUCAUCCUCUGCAAACUGUCAAGAUAUGAAUGGACAACUCAGUGUUUUAAGAGAAAAUCUACUCUUUUCCUGCAAGCAAGCUGAGGACCAACCAGCCGCAUGUCGGGAAUUUAUUUAUUUAUACAAGUACUGGGAUACAAGCCAGAGGCACGGGAGGAUGAGAGGAUUCACCAGAGACAGAGCGGGGAGCAGAACAAGCAGAUGGACCGAAGACACUGCUGAGGGGAGCAGCGGGUGAGACAGGAGUGGUCUGUCGUGCCAUGUGGGAAUCACCCUGGCUGGUGGAGAUUCAAACCACUGCAGAGGCUGCGAACAGCUUCACAGCGCUGCGCUCAACCAGCUGUGCCGCCAGGGAGGACCAGUUAACAAUGUAUAGCUGAUUUUGAAAUGUACCUUAAAUAUUAAAACAGUGGUAAUAUUAAGUAGUGGAGGCAAGAUGUGAAUGGGGAUUUCUAAUUCUGCAUCUAAUACUCUCUCCUCUUCAUGGAACUGCUUUCUGUAACACAUGAGGAAGAUGGACUGGUGGCUUCCUUAUGUGUGGUAACAGUGUCCUCUGCUUCCCCACGAUUGCUGUGCUAUGUCUUGUAUGAUUAAGACCUCUUGCCAAGAAUAUUUUUGCCUUGACACUUUUGAACAAAUAGAGCAUAAAAACUGCUAAGGACUGAUAAGUGGCCAUGAAACAGCCCAACAGAAAGAGGAAGCUUAAUAUGGAUUCCAACGAGCAUUUGAAUCAGGAUGAGUGCUUGGAGCCAGCUGAAGAGGAGAAGAGGUCCAGGGAAGGUGUAAUACCUUUGAGUCAUGGCUCUUCGGCAGCUGCACAGAAAGCGUGGUCUUGGGAACAGUACUUGAAACAACGGAAAGCUAUAGCUGCACCAGUUGAACUGUUUUCCAAGGACCAGUCCUUUCCAGAGCAUGAAAAUGGUUUUCAGAUUGGAAUGAGAUUAGAAGGCAUUGACCCCCGACAUCCAUCUGUAUUUUGUGUGCUUUCUGUAGCUGAGGUGUGUGGUUAUCGACUAAGACUUCAUUUUGAUGGUUAUUUAAGCUGCUAUGAUUUUUGGACCAAUGCUGGUUCCCCUGACAUUCAUCCAGUAGGGUGGUGUGAAAAGACCAAGCAUGAAUUGCACAUCCCUAAGGGUUAUAGAAAAGAUAAAUUUGUUUGGAUGGAUUAUUUGAAGGCCUGCAAAUUGCAAAAUGCUCCCAAGAAAUUAUUCAGAAACAGAAGUUCUAAUGGGCCAAUGCCUAAAGAAUUUCAGGUUGGAAUGAAGCUGGAGGCCGUCGACAGGAAGAACCCUUCCUUGGUGUGUGUGGCAACCAUAGCAGAUAUUGUUGAAGAUCGCUUACUAGUGCAUUUUGACAAUUGGGAUGAUAGUUACGAUUACUGGUGUGAUGUCAAUAGUCCUUAUGUCCAGCCAGUUGGUUGGUGUCAGGAGAAUGGAAGAACUCUAAUAGCACCCCAAGGUUAUCCUGAUCCAGAAAAUUUCUCCUGGACAGACUAUCUGGAAGCUACUCAAACUAAUGCAGUUCCUGCCAAAGUUUUUAAAACUCGGUUGCCUCAUGGUUUUCUGCCGAAUAUGAAACUUGAAGUUGUGGAUAAACGAAACCCCCGGUUAAUUCGUGUUGCUACGAUUAUAGAUGUUGAUGACCAAAGAAUAAAGGUUCAUUUUGAUGGCUGGGACCACAAAUAUGACUACUGGAUGGAUGCUGACAGCCCUGACAUUCACCCAAUUGGGUGGUGUGAUGUAACAGGACAUCCACUGGAAGUGCCAUAUCGGGCAAAUGAUGUGAAAAUCCUUCCAGGGCAAGCUGUUUGUCCUACUCCAGGGUGCAGAGGAAUAGGCCAUAUCCGUGGUCCUCGGUAUUCAGGACACCACAGUGCUUUUGGCUGUCCAUAUUCGGACAUGAACUUAAAAAAGGAGGCGACGCUUCAUGAUCGUCUGAGAGAACAAACUCAGGCAAAUUUGGAGUCAGACUCUUCACACUCAAAAUGGACAAACAGCUGUAGCUUGAACUUCAACGGAAAACAUGAAAAAAUAAACAAUCAGCCCAGACUUGUACAGGAGGCAAAGUGUUUGAGAAUCAAAGGAAAAGAAGAUAUUGACUUGGAUAAUCUCUUCAGAGAGUUCUCCACGGAGCAGACACAGCAAGCGCUGCACCAGUCGGUCUUCAUGUCAUCCCUGGCAGCCCACCCGUUCCGGGACCUUCCCCUCGGCAGGGAGCAGCACUGCAAGUUGCUUCCAGGAGUGGCUGACAUCCAGGCAGGCGAAGUGGCCCGAUGGACGGUGGAUGAGGUGGCCGAGUUUGUACAGUCUCUCCUGGGCUGUGAAGAGCAUGCCAAGUGCUUCAAGAAAGAGCAGAUUGAUGGCAAAGCCUUCCUGCUUCUGACACAGACGGACAUCGUCAAGGUAAUGAAGAUCAAGCUGGGCCCAGCCCUGAAAAUCUAUAAUUCUAUCCUCAUGUUCCGGCAUUCCCAGGACCUCACUGAGGAAGACACUGUCUCAGGCCAGGAGGCCAGGGGGUAGACUCCACCCGAGCUGCUGCCACACCAGGACCCUGUUAUUUUAGCAAUAAAACGGACCCUGUUAAUUUGAUUUUAAUGUCCUCGUGGUCAUGUCCAUAUUUAAUCUGGGCCUUCUAAAGUGUCUGUGGGUUUGGAGGACUGAUCCUCUGCUGCCAGUGAUGCAGAGGUGCAGGUGCACUUGUGGUUUGUGACAUCUUUGUCUUCACUUGGGUCCUUCCGGCUUUCACUUGUUGCAACAGACAGACCAAAGAAGCCCAUACACAUCUCUCCCUCACCAUGAAAAAAGCCUUUUUCCAUUUUGCAAGCAUAAAGUUCUCAAGUGGUAAAAUAAUAGAAAAAAAUUCAUAAAUACAUUAAUGUUCUCACCAGAACAUCUGAGCUUGACUGAAUUUGCCAUCUGGGUGCAGUGAGUAUAAGAGAUAGAGGCCUGGUGUUUUAAAAAGACUACAUGUGAGAUUUUUGUGUACUUUACUCAGGAAAGUAUCAGUCUUUAAAAAAAAUUCAUAUUAAGCACAUAUUUUCAUAAUUCAUUAAUCCUCCUUUUAGUGCCAUUACUAUUUCUCAGUUGGCUCCUCAGGUUCCCAAAGUAUGCCAAGAGUAGCAUGAGAAUAGACAGCCUGGGUAUUGAGCAGAACCAACGACCUGCCCAGGACACUCUACCAGCAGUGCCAACAGACUGAGGUGGAGGAGACCUGGUGUGACGUUGGGCAUUGGCUGUGGACAGACCCCAGACCUAGCCCAAAUCCUCCAGCUUCCUGUGAGCGCAGCCAAGAAGAUGGGGUUGCCCUGGGUCUGUCUGAUUAUGUGUAAAGAGAGCUAGGUUACAUCUGAGCUUUGUUUGAACAAUUCUAAUUUGUUAUCAGAUCUUAUUUGUGUGUAUAAGUGGCAAGUUAUGUGGAAUCAGUCCCCCAGUUUUGAAAGACAGGAGCCUCUUUUCUUAGACAUACCCACAGUAAGAGCAACAGUGCCCCCAUGGAAGUGGAGCCCUAUCUUUUUUAUCGGGGAGGGUGAGGAAAUAGAUAAAAAUUGACCCAUUUCUUUCAUUAAGAAUCUUAAGGUUUAAGAAAGUUGAUUGUCCUUGAAGAGUUUCUCAAACUGUAGAUCAUUGAAGAACAAAAGAACUCUUCUCUAAGAGGUAUGGACAUAUUGAAUUAAUUUAGAUAUUUACCUAAAUGGAAUUUUAAUAUUAUUGAUUGAUGUAAAUUUUUGUUUCUGUGUUUUUUUUUUUUUUGCAGUUUUUUGUAGACUGCCAUUUACAAUUAAAAGUUCUGCUUCUGCUAUGUUAAAAUUUUAAUA